CCCUUAACACUCCUCUCCUCUCUUCAUGCAUGCACAUUUCAAGCUUUGAAGUCUUUGCUUCUGUGCAACCAUGGCUGCCCUUGUGCCGAGAACUGCUUCACGUCUAGCCCUGCUCUCCACCCAUAAUUCAUCUCUUAUCCACACAACCCUUUACUCAUCAUCAUCAUCAUCUGAGUCGAGUUCUCCGGUUAAAUACGGCGGAUCAAGGCCACCGGCGACGCCAGCAACAGGGUUGUCGAAGGUGGCAGAGUAUGCAAUAACAAAGGUCGAUGAUCUGAUGAAUUGGGCCAGGAGAGGGUCCAUCUGGCCCAUGACUUUCGGUCUGGCUUGCUGUGCCGUUGAGAUGAUGCAUGUUGCAGCUGCUAGAUAUGAUAUGGAUCGGUUUGGGCUUAUUUUCAGGCCCAGCCCAAGACAAUCUGAUGUCAUGGUUGUGGCUGGGACUCUAACCAAUAAGAUGGCUCCAGCUUUGAGGAGGGUUUAUGAUCAAAUGCCUGAGCCAAGGUGGGUGAUUUCGAUGGGAAGCUGUGCCAAUGGAGGUGGCUAUUACCAUUACUCAUACUCUGUGGUUCGCGGAUGUGACCGAAUUGUCCCUGUCGACAUUUACGUGCCAGGAUGCCCGCCCACAGCAGAGGCGUUGCUCUAUGGAAUCAUGCAGCUGCAGAAGAAGAUCAACAGGAGGAGAGAUUUUCUUCACUGGUGGACCAAGUGAAACAAGUUCUCCAACUUAUGGUCCCCAUAGCCCCCCAAGUUGAGCUUCCUAUAUGUAUCGCCUAUUUCCUGGUUUGUGUAUAAGCUUGGAUGUAAUGGGAUGCUAACAACUUGUUGCUUGCUUUCAAAACGGUGAACUUGAAGAAAGUUCAACCCUUCAAUAAUAUUUUGUUCACUUUA